GUGGUGGUCUUCUCCUGGUCUGGCUGCCCCUUCUGCAAGCAGGCCAAGUCUGUGCUGGAUGGCACAGGCGCCAAGUACACUGCGCUGGAGCUAGACCAGAUGGCCGACGGCGACGCCAUCCGCGCUGAGCUGGCCAAGCUGACCGACCGCACCAGCGUCCCCAACAUCUUCAUUGCAGGCAAGCCCCCUCGCGUGGGUGGCUGCAAUGAUGGCCCCGGCGUGGCUACCCUGCAGAAAAAGGGCGAGCUGGUCCCCAUGCUGCAGGCAGCGGGUGCGCUG